AUGUCAGAAGAUCCUGAAUCGAUGGACCCGGAAACCGAAACGAAAGUCCGGGCCAUCAUCGAGAAACAAUUCGAGCAGGAGAUUCUCUCCAAGCAGUCAGAAGUUGAACUCAUCAACGAACGGAUCUAUCUCACCAAGCAGGUUCUGAAUCGUCUGAGAAUCGCUAUAAUAGCGAAGUACUUCGCAACCCCCGAGUUGGCUGACGAUGAGAAGACUUGGAGCAGCGACCUUGACAACUGUAUCCAUCCAACAGUACGGUCGUAUUUCGCCGGAAAAACUCCUCGAGAGCCGCGUACCAAAUCGGAGAGCGAGGUGAGGGCCACCUACGAUCUGCCCGAGAAGCUGAGCACCGCAACGCUCCUGAAGGAAGAGCCGGUGGCCAGGAGACCCACGGUGAAGUCACUCCAGUCGGUGCGGUUCAUCAUCGGUAACGUUUCGAAGUACAUCGGACGUGACGAUCCCGAAAAUCGGGUGACGCAUCUCUGGAUGACCUACGUGCGACUACAUCCCGACAGCAAAGAAAAGAUCGAAGAGCUCGUUUCCAAAGUCCGAUUCUUCUUGCAUCCGAGUUAUGCUCCGCAUGACGUCAUCGAAGUUGCGUACCCAUUCCACUUGAAGCGUAAGGGUUGGGGGGAAUUCCAGCUGAGAGCCCAGAUUCAUUUCAUCGACCCCCUCAAUAAGCCAGCAGACGUACUCCACGAACUCAAACUCGACCAGCACAAGAGGGGUAUCCAGACUAAUGGCGGGGAAACUCAUCUCGAAGUGAAGCUUCUCGUGGAAAAACCGCUCGAUAGUCCGGUCACGAAAAAUCCGGAACAGCCGGAACCGGGAAGCAUCUCAAUAAAACAGGAAGUGCUCGACAACGAUGAAAACAGCGUAUUCGACGAAACUCAUCACCCGGAGCCGGAUCACUUCGACUUGGAAGCGCAUGGGCACGACUAUUGUUUCACCCCGAUUUCCAGUGGAGCUCCUUUUCUAUUGGUCGCGUCAGGCUCCGCUAUGCUCCGGGAUAACCCACCUGGCGUACGCAUAAUGAAAGGAGAGUCCUUGUUGAAGAACAGAUCCUUCCAGCACAAUGCUCAAACCGCUCAGAUUGUCACUCCGUGGCAAGAGGCGGUCCUCGAAUGGGAACAAGCGCUGAAAUCAUUGGACUUCUCGCGGCCUGUCAUGAAAGUCGUGGAAACCCUCGCGAGCCGUCUUUUCAAGCUAGUGGGCGAUAAAGCCGUCGGAGAUCUCAGCUUCCAAGUCUCAUCCAUUGAGGAAUUCAUUGAGUUUCCGCUGGCGAAACAACGAGCGAUCGAGUGGUUCCGCGCGAGUCAUAUCCGCAGAGUUCUGCGGAAAAAUGGCGUCGGUGAACUGCCGAGUACCCGAGCGAUCGUUGUUCAUCUCCGAAAACACGGGUUCACUCCACUCCACGACGGGACGGAAAUGAUCGGUGUGCCGAUAGAACAGAAGUUCGAGAGUCUGUCGGUGGCCGAGCUGCCGAACGGAGUGGAAUCGCUGGAAGUUUCCAGUAUUCGGGAGAAAACCGAGACCUUAUGCGAAAUCGACAUUCUCGGUUCGGAUUCCGAUGACGAAGCCCCGAGUAGCAAGAACCAAGUCGGUGCGCCUCUGCUGCGGUUUAUCCACGACGCCAUGAAAGAAAUCUCGGACGAGCCCAACCUGUCCGAGGACAGAAAAGAACUCGAAGAGACACUGAGAACUCUGUUUGGAGCGUUGCGUAGUUUCUCCUCGGAUCUCUUGAGGAAAUCUCUCGCACAGUCUUUCGCACGGAAUAGCUCAACGCACCAGGUGGACGGUAUACUGCCGUCCGAUAUCCAUGAGGCGAUCACGUCACAUGAACUCUUCGAUUUCUUAUCGAACGACGGUCUGGGUACGAUAUCGGAGAAGCAGCCCGGAACUACAUAG